ACCAGGCACCAUGGUGGUGGGAAAGAGGAGAUUUUCGCUAGCCUGGUCGAUCGCCAUCAGCAAUCGUUGAGUAAAAGUGAAGAGGAGGAGGACCGACCGUGCAAAACGGCGGAUCGCAUGGGAAGCAGGUACGAGCAGGAGCACGUCGACUUUGGACUAGCGACUGGCGGCAGCGGCAGCAGCAGCAGCGGCGGUGGAGGUGGUGAGCCGUCCCAAAGUGGGAACAGCUCGGUUUUCGAGUUUAAUAAUUAUUAUGGGAAUGGAAGAGGAGGGCCUUGCUUUGAUCAACAUGGCGGACAACAAAGCCCUGCUCCUCCGGCUAUGAUGCAUUCGACCCAGAACAACAUGGAUCAAAUGCAAAACUCUCACGAAGAGUACCACAACAACCCCUACAACCACUACCCCAACUACCGAGCCGGUUACGGUGGCACCGGCUACGGUAUGAUGAGCCCAUCGCGGCAGGGAAACAUGAUGGGCCCGGGGAGCAACUCAGCCUCAGCCGCCUCAGCUCCUGCCACGGCUCACGGUAAGCCAGCCGCGUCCCCCGGCGGUGCUGGCAGUGUCGGAGUGUUUCAGAGGUUCCCAGGGCAAAACCAACAGCAUCCCUCGGGUGCCACUCCAACUUUAAACCAGCUUCUGACCUCUCCCAGCCCGAUGAUGAGAGGUUAUGGCAGUGGCUACCAAGACUACAGUAAUCCCAGCGCUCAACAACAACAAGCAGGCAUGGGGCUCAGCAAAGACCUGAGCUCCCAGUACAGCUCGGCGAGCCACGGCUGGGGAGGACAACAAAGAAAUCACCCCGCAAUGAGUCCGGGAAACAACGGACAAGGAGGAAACAGACCCCAGGUGGUACCUAUGGACGCCAUGUCUAUGAAGCGUUCUCAGCUCUACGGGAUGGGUAACAGUCCUUAUUCUCAGCAGCAGCAGCAGCAGCAGCAGCCAGGCGGCGGUUAUUCAAGCCAGCCAUAUGGAGCACCUGCACCGCACCGAUACCCAGUGGGAAUGCAGGGGCGUGGCCAAGUCGCCAUGGGAGGGAUGCAGUACCCUCAACAACAGCAGGUGCCGGCUCAGUAUGGGCAGCAGAGCCUGGGCGGAUACUGCCAGCAGGGACAGCCUCCAUACUUCAGCCCUCCGCAGCAGCAGCCUGCCGCCCCCUCUCAGCCCCACUACAUGCAAUCCCGAGCUCCACCUCAGCAGGACGCUCCACAGGAGGGUUAUGGCAGCCGUGGCCAGCCUGCUAUGACUCCUGGGAAGCCAAACCAUGAUGAGAUGGGUCUGAACCAGCAAGAUCGGCCAUCCAGCCUUCCAGACCUGUCUGGCUCCAUAGAUGACCUCCCCACAGGCACGGAGGCGGCCCUCAGCUCAGCAGUCAGUGCCUCAGGCUCUACCAGCAGCCAGGGUGAUCAGAGUAACCCCGCCCAGUCACCUUUCUCCCCUCACGCCUCACCCCGCCUCUCCAGCCUGCGCAGUGGACCCUCACCUUCUCCGGUCGGCUCGCCUGUCGGCUCCAGCCAAUCACGAUCCGGGCCCAUAUCACCUGCUAGUGUACCAAGUACACAGAUGGCCCCACAGACCACUGUGAAUGUUUCAGAGGUGGGCUCCCAUUCUACCCUUAGUCAGUCACCCAUGUCUCAGGAGAGAGGAUUCGCCCCUAACCUGCAGCGUAGUGGCCCUGGCCCUCAGUUUGUCCCACAGCAGUCUGGGGCCCCUAUGUCCCCUCACCCCUCCCCUGGGGGCUCUCUGCACCACAGCAUGGGCUCCUACCAGCAGGUCAGCACCACCUUCGGACCACAAGGUGGACAGUACGGUCCUUCGGGUAACUACCCCCGUCCACCCAACUAUGGCGGAGCCCCUGGCCCCAGCUACAGUGGACCCGGGCCAGGCAUGAGCCUGGGGAUGAAUGCUAGCAGCCCUAUGCAUGGGCAGGGCCCCGGGCAGCCCUGCGGCUCCAUGCCGGCUGGAAGAGGCCCAGGUCAGCCUGCGAGCGGCCGUCCAUACCCAGCAGGCCCCAGCAGCGUAGCCCCCACGUCUCCAAACAUGCCCCAGUCUGCAGGGCCUGGUAUGGGUCCGCCUCCACCUACAGUCGGCCGCAAACCCCCUGAGAGUGGCCCUGCACCCCCUCCACAAAACCCCCUCACAUCCAGCCAGGCCAGGCCUCCGUAUGCCAGGUCCCCCGUUUAUGCAGGGCUCUCCGGGUCGGGGGGGCGGACAACCCCCUUCACCUCCCCACAUUUCCCUCACCCCCAUCAUGUCCCGUACGGCAGCGGCCAUGGCCAGCCUCAGCCCGAGCAGUUUGGGUCAGGUGGGUACCCAAGUGGGCCCCCUGUGGGUGGAAUGGGCCCCGGAGGCCCCUAUAACCAGCCACCCGGCAACAACUCCAACAGGAUGAACAUGCAGGGUCCUGCAUACAGCACUAUGGCCUCUGGACCCAUGGCCAUGGGGGCAGGAGACAGCAUGCCGCCUGCUGACCUCAAACAGAGAACAGAGCACAAAGAAGAGGGAAGCGUGGCAAGCACAGAACAACCUAAAUCUAAGGACAGCUACAGCGCUCAGUGUGUGUCUCAGCCCCCUACCCCGUCCCCCCUCUCCCCCAGCCCCGCCAGCCUCUCCUCCAAUCACGGAGACGACAGUGACAGCAUUAGCAGCCCAGCCUGGCCAAAAACACCCACCAGCCCUAAGCACAGCUCAGCCACCAUGACAAAUGAAAAGAUAACAAGGCUGUAUGAAAUGGGCAGUGAACCGGAGAGGAGGGCAUGGGUGGAACGCUACCUAGCCUUCAUGGAUGACAGGGGCACACCUGUACCCAACAUACCUGCUGUGGGCAAGAAGCCUUUAGACCUGUGCCGCCUCUAUAUGUGCGUGCGGGACAUAGGAGGGCUGGCAAUGGUGAACAAGAAUAAGAAAUGGCGUGAGCUCUCCACUCUUCUGAAUGUGGGCACGUCCAGCAGCUCAGCCAGCUCUCUGAAGAAGCAGUAUAUCCAGUACCUGUUUGCCUAUGAGUGUAAGGUGGAGCGUGGCGAGGAACCCCCACCGGACGCCUUUGCCAUGGGGGAUGGCAAGAAGCAGCAGCAGCAGGCCAAGAUACAGCCCCCGUCACCAGCAAACUCUGGGUCUCUCCAGGGGCCUCAGACUCCACAGUCAACAGGCAGUAGCUCUAUGACAGAAAUGCCGGGAGAUCUGAAGCCCCCGACUCCAGCCACCACUCCCCACAGCCAGAUGACACCUCAGAGUGGCCGAAACAGUGGUGUCAGUGUGCAGGAUCCCUUCUCUGAAAGCUGCGACCCAGCUUUCCAAAAGCGGAGCAAUAUGCCGCCUGGCAUGAUGUACCAGCAAGGUGGAGGCAGUGCAGGUGCAGAUCCCAGUGUAAGAAUGCAAUAUGAUGCUAACAAGGAGCCUUAUGGAGGUCCAAGGAAAGGUGGCAAUGAACCCUUCAUGCCAGGACAGUUGCCUAGCAGCGGCAUGCAGGACAUGUACUCACGUGGACCCCCUGGAGGGCAAGGCAUGGGCCCACGUCCCCAGUACCCUUACAGCCCUACCUUUGAGAGAAGGCCUGAUCAUGCCAUGGGGCCAGAGGGUGGAAUGGCUCCACCUGUGAAUCAGAACAACAUGAUGCCUUCCAACAAUGAUCCAAGCAUGUACUCAGGCAGUAGAUACCCUUCUCAUCAAAGACAUGGACAUGACGGUUAUGGUCAGCAGUAUCCACAAGGCAUGUCAUACGGUGCACAUGGAAUGUAUCCACAGCCGCAGGGCUACAAAAGACCUGGGGAAGGGAUGUAUGGCCCUUCAGGAAAACGACAUGAGGGAGAGUCCUAUAGCAUGCAGUAUGGCAGCCAGCAGCCAGACAUGUAUGGUCAAUAUGGUGGUGGAUACCCAGAUCGCAGACCCAUGCAGGGCCAGUUCCCCUACCAGUAUAAUCGUGAGCGCAUGCAACACGGAGGACAGGGUCCUCCCCAGCAUAGCAUGAUGAGUGGAGGACCAUCCUCCACCCCCAGUGGAGGGCCUCAGGCUAACAUGUGGCACCCCAGGACGGAUAUGGGUUACCCUUACCCUGGAAGACAAGGCCAUGGGCCUCCAUACCCUUCUAUUAGCCGUGCAGAUGACCCAGAGGGCAGGCCAAAUCAGGAUAGUCAGUGGCCAAGUCAUCCUAGUCAGCGUCAGUCACCUUAUCCUCCCCAGCCUGCCUCUAGCUCCAUACCCCCCAUGACAAAUCGGCAACCUCCGGUAUCAUACCAGUCUCCUCCAGCCAUGCCAAAUCACAUCGCCCGUGCACCUAGCCCAGCCCCUUUCCCUAGACCCCUGAGUGGUUCCAUGUCACCCAAUAAAGCUCAUUUGAUGCCCUCUAUGAAAAUGCCCAAGCCAGGGGUGCCUGCGUCCAUGCCAGGCUCCCAAAGUGGUGUUGUCCCAGGCCAAGGCCUCCCACCCAUCCAACGAGAGAUCAGCUUUCCACUGGGUUCUGUUGAAGCUACACAACCUCAGCUAAAACCUCGUCGAAGGUUAACUUCUAAAGACAUCGGCACACCAGAGGCCUGGCGUGUGAUGAUGUCUCUGAAGUCUGGUUUGCUAGCAGAAAGUACUUGGGCCUUGGACACCAUAAACAUCCUUCUGUAUGAUGAUAGCACAGUGUCUUCCUUUACCCUGUCCCAGUUGCCAGGAUUCUUGGAACUUGUAGUGGAGUACUUCAGGCGAUGCUUGAUUGAGAUCUUUGGCAUCCUGGAGGAGUAUGAAGUAGGUACUGAGGGACAGAAAACACUUCUUGGCCCCCUUCCAGAGCCAGCAGAGAAGGAGGAAUCUGAGCCCCAAGAGCUGGAUACUCAUUCAGAUACUGAGCAACUGGACAAGAAGCUGGAAGCAGAGCCUCAAACGCAUAACCCCAGCAGCACACCUGGAGCAGAUUCGACAGAGAAGAAUCCAGCAGAGGUUACUGAUCAUGAUGAGAAAAAAGACAGGGAAAUGGGUAAAGAGGAGCGUCCACCCUCAGAACCCAGGCCCAAGCAAGCCAGCAAGUAUGACAGACUGCCAGUAAAGGUGGAGGAAAGGGAAGCAAUUGAUGACCUGGUAGAAGACCGAUCAGAGCAGCUGGGCCUCGUUGGAGAGUUUAACAGUGGCUUGCUGCACUGGAAGGCUGGCGGAGGUGACUCUACUGCACACAUUCAGACCCACUUUGACAGGAAGUGUCAGGAGGCAGGAGCUAAACCCUCACCAGCCAAGGAGUUUGAGGAGGAAAAGAGAAAAGAACAGGACAGUCAGGAUCCCUGUAAUGAAGAAGAGGGAACUCAGAGAGAAGACAAAGGUUCCACAGACAAGAGUUUGGCAGUCACUGUGGAUGAUGUUUUACAUUCCCAUCCCAGGUCUCAGCCAGAGAACAAGGCCCAAGUCUCACCUUUACGCAGCCGGGAGAACCACAGCAUCACCCUGCUGGAAGACGAGCCGCGCUGCUGGGAUGAGGCACCCCUCUCCACAGCUGAGGAAUGGCAGGAUGAGCUGGCCAAGCGCUGCAUAUGUGUCUCUAACAUAGUCCGAGGCCUCUCCUUUGUCCCAGGUAACGAUGCUGACAUGGCCAGGCACCCAGGCCUGGUGCUUGUACUGGGCAAGCUGGUGCUGUUGCACCAUGAGCACCCAAAGCGGAAAAGGACGUCCCCAACCUACCAGCGUGAAGAGGAGCGAGGUUUGGCCUGUAGCAAGGAUGAGUGGUGGUGGGACUGUCUCGGUGCCUUGCAUGAGAACACCUUGGUCACCUUGGCUAACAUUUCAGGGCAGCUAGAUCUAUCAAUCUAUCCCGAGAGCAUCUGCUUACCCAUCCUAGACGGGCUUCUGCACUGGAUGGUGUGCCCGUCAGCUGAGGCCCAGGACCCUUUUUGCACAGCAGGUGGUUUCUCCUCUCUUACACCUCAGAGGCUGGUGCUGGAGUGCUUGUGCAAGCUGAGUAUCCAGGACUGUAACGUGGACCUGCUAUUGGCCACGCCGCCAUUCAGCCGCCAAGAGCGCCUCUACGCAACGUUAGUGCGCCACGUGGGCGAACGCAAAAGUCAGGUGUGCCGCGAGAUGGCCGUGGCCAUCCUCUCCAACCUGGCGCGGGGUGACCCCACAGCAGCCCGUGCCAUUGCCCUUCAAAAGGGCAGCAUUGGGACCCUGAUAGGCUUUUUAGAGGACAGUAUUGCCAUGGCACAGUAUCAGCAGAGCCCUCACAGCCUCUUACACGCAGGACACCCGACGCACCCAGAGCCCCCUAGCAUCAACAUGAUGUGCCGGGCUGCUAAAGCCUUGCUGGCAAUGGCUCAGGUGGAAGAGAACCUGCCUGAGUUUGUGCUGUACGAGAGCCGGCUGCUGGACAUCACGCUGUCGUCUGUGCUGAACUCCAGUGUAGUGGCCGUUAUGUGCGAGGUACUGUUUAAGCUUGGACGCUCGUGACAUGAGCAGCAGCCUGAAGUGCCAUCAGCGAGACAGUGGGCCACACAGAUCGAGAUCAUACAGAAUUGUUGGUGUUAUAUUUUUAUUUAAAUAAAAAAAAGACAUAAAAAUGUUUUUACAUACAAAUGAAUAUAUAGAGUAUAUAUAUAUAGCUCCUCUACCC